GGAAGGGAAUCUCAUGAGGUCAUCUAAUCCAGCCCCUUGCUCAAGGCAGGAUCAUCCUUGACUAAACAUCCCAGCCAAGUGUCCAUCUAACCUCUUAAAAAUUUCCAGGGAUGAAGAUUCCACCGUUUCUCUAGGUAGCCUGUUACAAUGCUUGACUACCCUCAUAGUCAGAAAGUUCCUCCUCAUCUUCAACCUAAAUUUCCUCUGCUGCAGUUUGAGGUCUUUGCUCCUAGUUCUGUCCCCUACAGCCAUAAAAAAGUCCAUUGCCAGCCUUGUUAGGAUCCCCUGUCAGGUAUUUGAAGAAUGUUAUCAACCGCUCCCCUCACCCUUGACCCACAGUCUUCUCUUCUCCAGACUAAAUAACCCUAACUCUUUCAGCCUUCCCUUAUAAGGGCCUUGCCACACCUUAUGGUGAGAGCUACACAAAGGUUGAUCAGCAUUAGUGCUAGCCUGGAGCUGUGACAAGAGGCCUGGUGAGCAGGGGCAGGACUAGGAGCUGUAGCUGUGAGCUGCCACAAGAGGGCUUGUGAGCCAGGGUAGGAUUUUAAUUCUGCUGUAUGGGUAGGGGUAUGAGAGAUCCUGGGAUACUGGAGGACUUCAGUUUGGGCAGCACAUCUGUGGAGAGUGGCCACACCUUCAUGGAACAUUAAUCCCAUGAGGUUCAACAAGGACAAGUGCAAAGUCCUGCACUUUGGACAGAACAAUCCCAUUUACCAGCGCAGGCUGGGGGCUGACUGGCUGGGCAGCAGCUCUGCAGAAAAGGACCUGAGGGUUACAGUGGACAAUAAGUUGAAUAUGAGCCAGCAGUGUGCCCUUGUUGCCAAGAAGGCUAACGACAUACUGGGCUGCAUUGGUAGGAGUGUUGCCAGUAGGUCAAGGGAAGUGUUUAUUCCCCUCUAUUCAGCACUGGUGAGGCUACAGCUGGAGUACUGUGUCCAGUUUUGGGCCCUCCACUACAGAAAGGACAAAUUGGAGAGAGUGCAGCAGAUAGAAACAAAAAUGGUGAGGGGGCUGGGCACAUGACUUAUGAGGAAAGACUGGGGGAACUUGACUUAUUUAGUUUAGAGGAGACUUAAUAGCAGUCUUCAACUCCCUGAAGUAGGUUCAAAAGAGGAUAGAGCUAGGCUGUUCUCAGCAGUGGCAGAUAACAGAACAAGGAGCAACAGUCUCAAGUCACAACAAUGAUCACAGCAAGGGAAGUUUAGGUUAGAUAUUAGGAAGAAUUUUCUCACUAGGAGGGUAGUAAAACACUGGAACAGGUUACCCAGAGAGGUGGUGGAAGCUCCAUCCUUGGGAGUUUUAAAACCCGGCUAGACAAAGCCUUGGCUGGGAUGAUCUAGUUGGGGCUGGUCCUGCUUUGAGCAGGGAGUUGGACUAGGUGACCUUCUGAGGUCCCUUUCAACCUUCACCUUCUAUGAUUCUGUGAUUCUAGGAGCUGGGUAGUGUGGAUCAGAAAUAAUCCUGCCCUGGAGUGGCAUAACUUUGAGCCACAAAACCGUGCUUAAAACCGCUUUAAGAUGUUAACAUGUGGGGACAACCCAGGGGUUAAGAGCUCCAGGAGCUGCCCAAAUUACUGUGUAACAAGACCCUAAGUCAUGUUUCUCAGGCCCUUGCUCAUUUUUCUUAUCCUGUGCUGCAUGAACAAUGCAUGCUCCCCGUGGCGCGGGGGGGCACAGUGGCAGCAGCAGGAGCAUGGCAGUGGUUAGCGGGAGAGCUCCUGCAGACGCUGCUGGUGCUGUCGGCAGUGGUGGCGGGGGAGGUGGCGAGUGCUGACCAGGGGUCGGCAACCACCCGCAGACGCCGCUGGCAGUGUUGGUGGCGGCCAGAGGGAAUCACGGAGAGCUGCACCUUUUUGUAGGGGGUGCACCACCAUGCUCAGGGGGUGCAUGUGCAUCUGUGUGCACCCCCUACGCAUCACCCCUGCUGUGCUGGACUCUUUCUAAACUGUUCACAUCUUUCUUGAAGCAUUGGGCCCAGAUCUAGAAGGCUUCAGCAGCACCAAACAGAACAGAGGAAUCACUUCCCUUGAUUUGCAAAUAACACUCCUGUUAAUACAACCUAGUAGGCUGUGAUCUUUUUUGCAACAAGGGCACAUCGUUGGCUCAUGUUUAGUUUAUAGUCCACUGUAACCCCCAGGCCCUUCUCAGCAGCACUGCAGUCUAGCCAGUCAUUCCCCAGUCUGUAUGUGCAAUUAUUCAGUCCAGUGGUGGCGCACACGGGGUGCACAUGCACCCCCUGAGAGUGCUGGUGGACCCCCUGACAGGCCACAUUCCCUGCUUAGGUGGCAGGCAGGGGGGCAGGUGGGAGCGCCAGUACCCCCCUGCAAGCACCACAGCCACUUCUGGGAGCACUUGAUGAAGUGCCAUGGCCACUCCUCCCCCCACCCCCGAUGCCCCUAAGGUGGCACCAGUUGCCCAUGAUUCAGUCCUGGACACAGGACUUUGCACUUGUCCUUGCUGCAUUUCAUCUGAUGUUGUUAAUUUCCAACAUUUAAAGUGAGGAAACAGCAAAUGUCUUUGGACUCUUUUCAACCCUGGAAUUCAAAUGUGCACGUGAGCAGCUUUCAGUAGGGGUAGCUGCAGGUCAGGACUGGAGGCAUAGGCAGAGCAGUGUUUGUGGAGGCCAGGACUGCAAGGGAAAAGAGUCAGAAGUCUGGUAAGUUCCCAGGUGAUCAGAGCUAUUCACUUUUGUUUUCUCUGCCUUUCAGUUACAAAUAGUCAAGGAAGUACUUAGUGGAGAGGAAGCAGGAAGAGCAGAUAGUUCCUCACCUCUUCACCUGCCCCCUCAGUUUAAGCCUGUUCUUCCCCUGCUCCCCAUGCACCUCAAUUAUUCAUUAACUACAAAUCAGGAAGUGAUUUACAGAUGGUGGAAAGGAAGCCUCUUGCCCUGCACCUGCACCUGGCUGCCUGAUCUUGGGUCUCCUCCUCCUGCUGCCCAACCCCCAACAACAGUGAUCUAUCCUCUGAGGACAUCCAAGGCUGGUGAGGAACAUCUGGCUAAGGAUUGAUGCAGGGCCACCUCUCCAGCAUUUAUUAGCACUUCCUUCUCAGUGGGGACCCCUGGGUCCAAAGUCCUGAUGUCAUCCUGUGGGGAGGGAGUGAGCAAGCUGAGGAAGGAAGGGGAAACAGAGUCAGAGAGGCUGAUGGACUGAGGCAGAGAGCAACGCUGAGAGGCAGAUGGACUGCGAGAUAUAGAUGGCCAGAGCUAGAGCUGCGCAGAGAGAGCUUGGUGCCGGGGACUCCAGCAGAGACAUCAGACUUCCCUUUUCUGGCUGGCAUUAAAAACUCUUCUCUUUACACUUUUCAAGUUCCUUUGGUGGUAACUACACAGCCCUCCCUUCGUUCUGCCUCGACAAUGGUGAGGUGGUUUCACCGUGACUUGAGUGGAGUAGAUGCUGAGGCCUUGCUAAAGGGGCGGGGAGUUCAUGGAAGUUUCCUAGCUAGGCCCAGUCGAAAGAACCAGGGAGAUUUCUCCCUUUCUGUCAGGGUAGGUGACCAGGUGACCCACAUCCGUAUCCAGAACACUGGGGACUUUUAUGACCUCUAUGGAGGGGAGAAGUUUGCAACCUUGUCUGAACUGGUGGAGUAUUACACGCAACAGCAGGGCUCACUACAGGAUAAAGAUGGGACUGUCAUAGACCUGAGAUAUCCACUGAACUGCUCGGAUCCCACGACAGAGAGGUGGUACCAUGGGCAUCUAUCCGGCUCAGCAGCUGAGUCUCUGCUCCAGGCCAAGGCCAUCCCUUGGACCUUCCUGGUGCGAGAGAGCCUCAGCAAACCUGGUGACUUCGUUCUGUCAGUCCUGACUGACCAACCCAAACCCAGGGCCGAGGCCCCUCCACCUGGGGCUGCCAGUACCCCUGGCACCCGGCUCAAAGUCACCCAUAUCAAGAUCAUGUGUGAGAACGGGAGAUACACAGUUGGAGGGGCUGAGAUGUUUGACAGUUUGACAGAUCUAGUGGAACAUUUCAAGAAGAUAGGAAUUGAAGAGGUGUCUGGAACCUUUGUGUAUCUGAAGCAGCCCUACUAUGCUACAAGAGUGAAUGCAGCUGACAUUGAGAACAGGGUACAGGAGCUGAACAAGCGGAGCCUUUCUGAAGAGACAACCAAGGCUGGAUUUUGGGAGGAAUUUGAUAGCUUGCAAAAGCAGGAGGCCAAGAAUCUCUAUGACCGGCAUGAAGGCCAGAGGCCUGAAAACAAGGGCAAGAAUCGGUACAAGAACAUCCUGCCCUUUGAUCAUACCCGGGUAGUUCUCCAGGGCAGGGAUCCAAACAUCCCUGGAUCAGAUUAUAUCAAUGCCAAUUACGUCCAGAACACCCUGAUCAGCCCAGAUGAGCGCACCAAGAGCUACAUUGCCAGCCAGGGCUGCCUGGAUGCCACGGUCAAUGACUUCUGGCAGAUGAUGUGGCAGGAAAACACGCGCAUCAUUGUGAUGACCACCCGGGAGGUGGAGAAGGGGAGGAACAAGUGCGUCCCCUACUGGCCAGAGGAGGGCAGCACCAAGAAGUACGGUCCCUACAGCGUAACUAACAGCAAGGAGCACGACACUCAGGAGUACAAACUCCGCCAGCUCUCCCUGGCACCCAUCGAUGAUUGUGAUUUGGGGCGUGAGAUCUGGCAGUACCAGUACCUGAGCUGGCCGGACCAUGGAGUCCCCAGUGAGCCUGGAGGGGUGCUCAGCUUCCUGGACCAGAUCAAUCAGAAACAGGAAAGCAUCCCAGAUGCUGGACCCAUCUUGGUGCACUGCAGUGCUGGGAUUGGCCGCACCGGAACCAUCAUUGUCAUCGAUAUGAUAGUGGACACGAUCGCCACCAAGGGGCUGGAUUGUGACAUAGAUAUCCAGAAGACCAUUCAGAUGGUGAGGGCCCAGCGCUCGGGAAUGGUGCAGACUGAGGCCCAGUACAAAUUCAUCUAUGUGGCCAUCUGUCAGUACAUAGAGACCACCAAGAAGAAGCUGGAAGUCAUGCAGUCUCAGAAGGGAAAGGCCAUUGAGUCUGAGUAUGGCAAUAUCAUGUACCCACCUGCUCUGAAGAACCCCCAUGGCAAAGUCUCACGGAAAUCUUCCAAGCAAAAGGAAGAGUCAACACUCUAUGAAAACUUGGAAAAUGCCAAAGCAAAGAAAGAGGAGAAAGUACGAAAGCAACGAUCAUCAGAGAAAGAGAGGCUCAAGGGCUCACUCAAGAAAAAAUAGCCUUGUGCAACAGAUGGGACAGUCCCCCAAGUCCUGUGAGAUCUGGACUAGGAUCAUUUCAGGGGGGCAGCAGAGGGUGCUAUAACCUAUGUGCCCCAAUAAGAUAUUCCUGCAGGGAUCUGACACUGUGUCAUGCCCCAGCUAGUCCUUCUGACCCAUUGCUUUUUCUCUCGUUCCAGCUCCUCUCUGUUCUGGCAGAUGCUGCCUCCCAGGACAAGUUAGCUGCAAUCCCCACACUGUUUCUGAACACACAUUCCAGCAGAGGCAGCCAAUCUACUCUGCUUCCCAACCUGUCCCUUUAAUACUUUUACCAGCCAGAUCAGUAAUGGCCUCUCUCAUUUUCUCUGGCUACCAAGGUUCAGGGUCACAUCCAUUCUCCUGGAACUAGCUUUGUUUGUCUCUUACAGGCUCUUCUUACACAAGAGGUGUCCCUACAGGACUUUCCCUCUGUUUAGUCUGCCCAACCUAAAUCUAUCACAUUUGACCUCUGUUCCUUUAGUCUUCUGACUUAUCAGUGUCUCAUCUACAGUUUUUAACCCUUGCCUGGUAGUUUAGGACCAUUUCAAUUCUCCUUUGAGCAAAGAAAGCUAGCUACUUGUAUUAGUUUGCAGACAGGCAGAAGGCAGGGUAGGCACCUUAAAGACCAACAAGAUUAGAGAUGCAGAAGCUUUUGUAAGCUACAGCUCACUUCAUCAGAUGCUAAGCUAAUGCAUCCCUAAAGUCCCCCUCACCUGCCUUCCGCCAGUUCUCCUUUGGUGUCUCCAGGCCUGGCUCCUGUAUCUUGUGCCCUUGCACGUUCACUCUUCUGUAUGCUGUAAAUACUUACAGAUGGAGUGUGGUGUUGGUAUGUGUUCUUUCCUUUGUAAAUAAACCAGGUUUUGUUGGA